AAGCGCACGGCCCAAGAGAGAGACAGGGACCAGGGAACAGGAGUGCUAGGGUCUGUUAUGGUUUGUGAACUCAGCUGAGAGAGAAUUAUUGUUAAUUUUGCUCCAAUCCCCAUUUUACUGUCCGACGUUCCGAUCUUCAAUUCCAUAGCACUAUGGUACGGGGAUCGCUCAACAAUCUCAUUUCUCGUUCGCUUUCCCUCGCCGGCAAAUGGCAACAGCAGCAGCUCCGCCGCCUCAAUAUCCACGAAUACCAGGGAGCUGAGUUGAUGAGCAAACACGGAAUCAAUGUUCCGAGGGGUGUAGCUGUUUCAUCUGUUGAAGAAGUCAGAAAGGCCAUCAAGGACGUAUUUCCUAAUGAGAACGAGUUGGUGGUUAAAAGUCAAAUUUUGGCUGGUGGACGGGGUUUGGGAACAUUUAAAAGCGGUCUCAAGGGUGGAGUUCACAUUGUCAAGACCGAUCAGGUUGAAGAUAUAGCUGGGAAGAUGCUUGGACAGAUACUGGUUACCAAACAAACUGGCCCUCAGGGAAAAGCUGUCAACAAGGUUUACUUAUGUGAAAAGCUGUCACUUGUGAACGAGAUGUACUUUGCUAUAACUUUAGAUCGCAAGACUGCUGGUCCACUCAUAAUUUCUUGUAGAAAGGGAGGAACCAGCAUCGAAGACCUGGCAGAGAAAUUCCCUGACAUGAUUGUAAAGGUACCUGUUGAUGUUUUCGAGGGACUUACUGAUGAAGGUGCUGCAAAGGUUGUUGAUGGUUUGGCUCCCAAAGUGGCAGAUAGAAAUAAGUCAAUUGAACAAGUGAAGAAUUUAUAUAAACUGUUUUGUGACUGUGAUUGCACUCUUUUGGAAAUCAAUCCCAUAGCGGAGACUGCUGACAACCAAUUGGUGGCUGCUGAUGCCAAAUUGAACUUUGAUGAUAAUGCUGCAUACCGCCAGAAAGAGAUAUUUGCUCUUCGUGAUACAACUCAAGAGGAUCCUCGAGAGGUUGCUGCAUCAAAGGCAGAUUUAAAUUAUAUUGGGUUAGAUGGAGAAAUUGGUUGCAUGGUGAAUGGAGCAGGUUUAGCAAUGGCCACUAUGGACAUAAUUAAGUUGCAUGGGGGCACGCCUGCUAAUUUUUUGGAUGUCGGUGGGAAUGCCUCUGAAAACCAGGUGGUUGAAGCAUUCAAAAUUUUGACAGCUGAUGACAAGGUGAAGGCAAUUUUGGUUAACAUAUUCGGUGGCAUAAUGAAGUGUGAUGUCAUAGCAAGUGGAAUUGUCAAUGCUGCUAAACAGGUUGCACUAAAAGUACCCGUUGUAGUUCGUCUUGAAGGCACGAAUGUUGAUGUAGGAAAAAGAAUUCUGAAGGAAAGUGGCAUGGCAUUAAUCACGGCAGAUGAUUUGGCUGAUGCCGCCCAGAAAGCAGUUGAAGCAGCUUACAAGUGAAGGGAACAUUUCUGUUCAAUGUUUAUGAAUUUGUUUCAAUAGCACCCAUUUUUUUGCGCUAAACUGACUGUCUCGGACAUGGUUUGUCCGAGGAAACAAGUUAACGAGAAAGGCAAUUGAUGCAAGAUAUUCUUGUUGAAGCAUUAGAAGUGGGCGUUUAAGCUUUAACGAGGAUUACUUCUUAUAGUUGUUCCUUUGAAUUAAUACAUAGCACAGGCGUCUUCCUCGCCACAUGAAGUGCUACGCUGUUUACAUUCUGUUAA